AUGGCGCUUUCCCUCCAUGAGUCGUCUUCGCCGACCAUCGCCCUGGACUACUUGGCAAAAUCUCUGGAACAGUUACUACAAAGACUUGCCAAGGCUGUCGUCAACUCUCCGUCUGCUCUGGAUGCUGGAGACGACAAGGCGGCUUCGGUCAAGCCGGUGCAGAAACUACGAGGAUCAAUCCACCUCGGCACAAGGACCGGUUCUAGUUAUUGUAUCAUGAUCAACCGCUUCUAUGUACUAUACAGGGCGCAUAAUUUGGAGAUAGCACGUCAUUUUCUUAAGCCCCAGCAUGCAGUGUUUUGUCCCCCGGACCACAACAACGGCAAUUUGACUGGAUAUAUAAGCAAAUCUUCAAACCCUGAUCUUGUUGAGCCAAUCAUUAUUCCACAUCUACCUACAUAUGACGCAGAAUUCUCCUUCAUCAGUAUCGAUCAGGGAACUUCCAUGCUCUUCUAUAUGCGGCCGAACGGGUGGCCUGAGUUUAAGGAUUCAUCGACUAUGACUACGCACGCCACAAUACGCACGUUCAUGGACAUGGACUCCAUGCAAAUAUCGGUUGCAGCUUUAAUCGUGGAGAUUCAUGUCAAAUUUUCGAAAUCGAGGAGGAUUGAUUUGAUGGAAGAAUUCCCGCAAUCUAGAUCUUCGGUUACCCUCGCUAUUUUAGCCGUAGUGGGUCGCCGUCAGUCCGGAUACAGUGCAUCAACGUGA